UCGAAUAGCACCGUUAGCUCCACGGUAAAUAAUAAGUUUAAUUAGUUUAGCACAGAUGCAGGUUUGUAAGGUACAGUUGGUGGCGCUGCUGCUACUGAGCUGCGGCAGCAUGAACAGUCAUGGCAGCAAGAUCCUCGUCAUCGCGCCGCUUUCAGGCAAAAGCCACUGGCAAUUUUUUGGCGAGAUCAUCAAGACCCUCGCUGACCAUGGACAUCAUAUAACGUCACUGACAUCGAUGCCGAUGAUCCGCCACGACAACGUCACAGAAACAGACAUCGAGUUUGACAGAAGCCCUCUCAUCCCGAACACAUUCGAGAAUCGCGGUUGGUGGGUGGGCAUUAGCAUGAUGAAUAAGAUGCCCGGAAUGUGUGCAGAAGCGUUGUCGAUUAAGAAAGUGCACGAUAUUAAAAUCCAAGAAUACGACCUGGUAUUCAUCGGCAGCUUUGUCAAUGACUGCUUCUUUGGGCUUUUGGAUGGCAUUGAGGUUCCAGUGAUAAUCAUGAACCCGAACGCACUCUUCACCUACUUCCAUGACAUCGUGGGAAAUGUAGAUUUUCCUUCUUUCGUACCCGUGAUAGGACUGCCCAUGAAGUAUCCUAUGACGUUCACACAGCGCCUCCUUAAUACCCUUGCCAAUUUCUUCAGCUCCGCACUCAUCAAUUUCUAUUACCAUCCAAGUGUUGAAAAAGCAUGCAAAGAUGCUGGUCUGUGCCCGCGCGACAUGCGAUCUAUUCAUGACAUCGCUGCAAAAUCUGCAUUCAUUUUCAUCAACAACGUGCAGGCCCUGGAGACGCCAGUGCGGCCCUACGUGCCGGCCGUGAUCCACGCGGGGGGCCUCAACUGCCGGCCCGCCCAGCCGCUGCCGGAGGAUCUUGCAUCGUGGAUUGAAGGCUCGGGUGACGCGGGCACUAUUUACUUCAGCCUGGGAUCCAUUGUGAAGCCGAAGGACAUGCCUGAGAAUUUCCGUGAGGUGUUUGUGAAGGUUUUCUCGACUCUUCCCCAACGCGUGAUAUGGAAAUGGGACGAGGCGUCGAUGCCAGGCCUGCCCCCCAACGUCAAGCUGGCCAAGUGGCUCCCGCAGCAGGAUAUCCUGGGUGCGUGGGACUCUUAAGACGUGGUCUGUCCUAUGCUAGAAAUUCAAAAGCAAUGGACAGUCUAGA